AUGGUGCGCGCGACGCUCCUGGCGAGAGUGAACGAUGGUUUACCCCUCGCGGAGUCCCUGGACGCGUCGACGCGAACGACCCCGAGCGUGGACCCGGUGGAGGAUGGCACGGAGACGGCGAAGCGACAAGCCAAGGCGCUGUUUAAAAAGCUGAGUGAUCCCUCGAGCGGACCGCCGCCGUCGAGGAUGACGAUCGAGACCACUUCGGAGUUGUUGAUGCACUACGUGAUACACGAAAACGUGUGUUAUCUGUGCGUGUGCGAUCGAACGUAUCCGAAAAAGUUGGCGUACGCGUACCUGGAGGAGUUGCAAAACGAAUUCAGCGAGAGACACGGGGAGGAGGUGGGAACGGUGGGACGGCCGUACGCGUUCAUUAAAUUCGAUACGUUCAUUCAGAGGACGAAGAAGUUGUACUCGGACGCGCGGACGCAGAGAAAUCUGAAUAAACUGAACGAUGACCUGCACGAUAUUCAACAGAUCAUGACGCGAAACAUCAACGACAUCAUGGGACAGGGCGAGCGGUUGGAUCGCGUGAGUGCGAUGAGCGGGAAUCUGUCCGAGGCGAGUAAGAAGUAUAGCAAAAAGGCGAGGGAUCUGAGCAGGCAGGCGUUGAUUCAAAAGUACAUGCCACUGGCGAUAUUUUGCGGCAUCGUAAUCUUGACCCUCAUGCUCAGGAGAUACGUCUUCACGUACGGUUAA